UUUGUUUCCAAUCGGAUAAGAAACUCUAUCAUCUGUCGCUCAGUUAACGCAAUGGAGCUGAAUUGCGCGUAUCUGGUUCUUGGAGUCGUCGUUGCGGUGUGUUUAGGCUAUUUACUGACCCGGAGAAAAAAUGAUUAUUUUCAGAAAAAAUCAAUUCGAUCGUUGUCUUCGGGGAUUUUCUAUUCUAUAGUAUUCAAGAAGAAAUCAGUUUCGGAUCUUGUGAACAUGAUCUAUGAAAAAUUUCCAGAAGAUAGGGUCGUUGGUACGUUCGACCCAACUGGACCGCAAUUUAUGCUGUUAGAUCCGGAGCUUAUCAAGACGAUAGUUGUCAAAAACUUCGAUCACUUUGCGGAUAGACGGCCGAGUUUUUGGAAUCCGAAUGCCAAGAAUCCCAAUACGAUACUAAAUCGAACGUUAUUCACGUUAGCGGGGGAAAGAUGGCGUAACAUGAGGGCCACCCUUAGUCCGGCAUUCACAGGAAGCAAAAUGCGGCAGAUGUUCCAGCUGGUUCUCGAGUGUAGCCUGGAUAUGGCGCAGCACUAUCGACAGGAGUUGGCCACUGUUGAGUCUAAAGAGUACGACAUCAAGGAUAUGUUUUCUAGGUUUACUAAUGAUGUUAUCGCCACGUGUGCAUUCGGUAUCAAGGUUAAUUCGCUCAAAGAUCCCAACAAUGACUUUUACGUUAACGGGAAAAAAAUGACGCAUUUCCAUCGCUUCAGUGUGUUACUGCGCAUGAUGGCAAUUAUCAUUUUUCCACGCAUAACCGAUGCAUUGGGUGUGGAAAUUAUUGAUAAAGAACAGCAGGAUUAUUUGUCGGCUCUUAUCUUGGAUGCAAUACACGAGCGAGAGACUAAAAAAAUAAUUCGGCUUGAUAUGAUACAUCUCUUAAUGGAAGCAAGAAAAGGUACAUUGAAAAACCAGCUUGAGCAGGAGCACAACGAAGCCUUCGCAACUGUACAAGAGUCGGAAGUCGGCCAAAGAAUGACAAAUUUUCAGAUGACUGACGUAGACAUGGUGGCACAGUGUUCGAUAUUCUUCACUGCCGGUUUCGAUACGGUUUCUACUUGUCUCACCUUUUUAAUCUAUGAACUGACGCUUAACCCUGAGAUACAACAACGCCUCUACGAGGAAGUGCUUCAAACCGAGCAAGAGCUAGACGGCCGGCCACUCGACUACGAUACGCUGCAGAAAAUGAAAUACAUGGACAUGUGCGUCUCCGAGAGCCUCCGGCUGUGGGCACCGAUUCCGAUGGUUGACCGGUUGUGCAUUCGUGACUACCAGGUGGACGACCGGGAGCUCAACUUUGUGAUAGACAAGGGAACCUCCAUUCUAAUACCGAUUCACGCUUUACAUCGAGAUGCUCGAUAUUUUCCCGAUCCGGAAAAAUUCGAUCCUGAACGGUUUAGUGAAGCCAACAAGGCCAACAUCAAUCUGGGAGCGUACAUUCCGUUCGGAACUGGUCCGAGGAACUGUAUCGGUUCGAGAUUCGCACUGAUGGAAGUUAAGGCCAUCGUGUACCAUAUGCUGCUGCAGUUCAGUUUCGUACGGACGGAAAAUACGCCGGUACCGAUGAGUUUGCUACGUGGAUUGGCAGCGAUGGGCAGUGAGCGGGAUGUUAUGAUUGCAUUGAAGUUACGUAAAUAGAUGAGUGAUAAGUGCCUUUGUUUGUAGAAAAUCGUGUUUUGGAUACCAAAAAACAAAUUUUUACUGGUUACUUAAUAUUUUUAGCAACAGUAGGACUCAUUACAUUACUUAAAACAGUUUGUUUUGCUUUUCCCAUAUAAGUCUUAUGGUAGAAGUAAAGUAAACUCUUUUAUUAAUUCAACCUACUAGCUAUAAUAAUCAAUGUAAUGUUGGUUUCGUGCAAGAUUUAGG